CACACACACUCGCUCUCUCUCUCUUUCUCUCUCCCUUCCUUAGCAGUGUGUGUAACCAGCAUCCUGUAAUCGGGUCACAUUUCACUGAAGCCUCAGCAUCCAUCUCUUUGCUGUAAGGACAAACAGAUCCUCUGACUCGGUGCUGUUUUGCGGAAAUCAUGGUGCUCCUGUAUCUACUCUCUCUUUUCCUCCCGAUCCUGAUGCUCUCGGGGUCUCCGGUUCAGGCGGACGGAAAGCGAGGUGGCAAAGAUGCGGUCGAGAAAAGCGGCAAUUUCAUGGAAGACGAGCAGUGGUUGGCCACCAUUUCCCAGUACAGUCGCAAGAUCAAACACUGGAACCGAUUCCGAGAUGAUGAUUACAUCAGAUCAUGGGGUGAAAAUCAAGGCUCAAAUGAAAAUGUAGACACCACUAAAGACCCCUGCCAGAAGGUGAAGUGUAGCCCACACAAGGUGUGUGUUGCCCAGGGCUACCAACGUGCUGUGUGUGUCAACCGUAAGAAGCUUGAGUACAGGCUGAAGCAUCCAGUGGUGGGUCAGCAAGAGAACAACUGCAAACCAUGCCCUGUGUCCACGUCUGGGCCUGUAUGUGGUUCUGAUGGACAUAACUACGCUUCACAGUGUAAACUCCAGCAUCAAGCCUGUCUCACCAGAAAAGAGCUGAUUGUGAAGUGUGCUGGUCCCUGUCCGUGUUCCACUACACCUGUGCCGAGUACAGUGACAGACAAUUCACACAACAGUUGUACAGGUCAGGACCUGGCAGAUUUGGGUGAUCGUCUGCGUGACUGGUUCCAGCUGCUUCAGGGCAACGCCAAACAGAACAACACGCGCAAGCCUACUGCGGCCACCUCAGCAUCAAUUUUGGACCGUACUCUAGUGGCAACAUGUAAGGACUCCAUUGGAUGGAUGUUUUCGAAGUUGGACACUAAUAAUGACCUGUAUCUGGACCAGGCUGAGCUGGCUGCUAUUAAUCUGGAUAAGUAUGAAGUGUGUAUCCGGCCCUUCUUCAAUUCCUGUGAUUCCUACCAUGAUGGCAAAGUCUCUACAGCCGAGUGGUGCCUCUGCUUCUGGAGAGAGAAGCCUCCCUGCCUGGCUGAGCUAGAGAGGAUCCAAAUGCAGGAAGGAGCCAAAAAGAAGCCAGGUACCUAUAUCCCCAGCUGUGAUGAGGAUGGUUAUUAUAGGAAGCUGCAAUGUGACCAAAGCAAGGGAGAGUGCUGGUGUGUGGACCAGCAUGGAGAAGAGUUAAUGGGCACCAGAAUCCAUGGCAACACUGACUGUGAUGAAGUGGCUGGUUACUCAGGGGAUUUUGGCAGUGGUGUGGGAUGGGAGGAUGAGGAGGAGAAAGAAGCAGAAGACACUGGAGAAGAGGCUGAAGAAGAAGAAGAGGAGAUUGGGGAAAUGGAUGAUGGUGGAUAUAUCUGGUAGACAAAAACGAAAUGGUUGCCUGGUCAAGAUAGCUUCACUUUGACCACUGAUUCUGCAGCAGCUCCAUCUCCUGCUGACACAAAAUGGUGGAAACUGGAGGGUUGGACAUCUCUAUACUGCACUCCAAACAGCAUUGCCCAGGGUGGGGAGGGAAGGGGAGCAGGUUAUUGAGUUGUGAUAAUUUUAGUGAAAUUUUGGGUGUGGGAAAGAGUUUAAAAAAAAGAUCUUAUGUAUACUUGUGUAAACAUUUUUUUUGUUCUAUGUUCAAGAUUGUGCUCUUCUGAUAAAGUCAAUAGCAUCAGCAAUCUUAAGCUGGAAUCUAGGUAAUUGAUAACUGGAUAUUUUCUCUUUAGAUGAACGGGAGCUUUGCAAAUGCUAUACAGUGUGCUUCAUCUCAAAUGUCACACAUUAUUCUUAUGCAAGAAUCAUAAACUAAAUGCACAUAUAUAUUUGGAAAUGUUACUUUGGACUUGACGUGACUUUUAUGGAGGCAUUUAGAUUUGACCUAAGACAGGCAGAGCUCGAGUGAAAACAUGAUGACAGAAUGACACAAUUUCUUGACGUUUUGGUGGGUACACCAUUUACAGGCUGCAAUUAACCUCAUAUGGUUUCACUGGUUAGAACACAGCAAGAAUAACUUCUAAAGCCAAAAACUGCUCUGAUAACUAAUCAUGUCAGCCAUUGAUUCAUGAUUCGAAUUUCUGUGUCAUUUGAACAUACAGCACGUCCUGUCCUUGUCUAUAAAUUUGUGCAAUAUCCUAAUGCAUUUCUUGUUGGUCUUAUUAUCGAUGUAAGGCCAUGCUUCGCGUGUUCCUUAACACAUUCCUACACAUUGCUCCUUCUACUCACUUGGACGCUAUUUGUUCAACAAAUGAAUCCCCUGAAAGUGGAUAUAGCGAAGCACUGAGUUUCCUUGUAUACCAUGUCUUAACACUGAACUUGACAACUUCUGAAACCUAGCAACACUUUGUCAAAACAUGGUGUCUACUUUCAGAGUUUUAUCAUAGAAUCUAAAAAAAAAAAAGGCUAGGGAAAAUGCUUUAUCUCUGAGAUAGCAGUAUGUCACAAUAAACAUGUGUAUGAAUAGCAGCAUGGAGAAGGAGAUAUGCAACACAACCCAAUGACACCCAAGGGGAUCUGGUGACUAAUCAGAUCCUCUCAUCAACCAUGAUGAAAUAGGAGUCUAUUAUAAUGUUAGUAGAUGUACAUAUUUUUGCUGCAAGGGUUUAAAGUUUUGGUUUACAUUGAAGAAAACCACAUUGGUGUACCAAAUGCAGUGACUUGGUUCAAAUAAGACUUGAUUUCUCUGAGAAGGUUUCAGGUUGUCUUGGUAUCAGGUCAUGUAACAGUGAGACAUCAGACCCCUGUGAUUUCACACACAUAAAAACAGGUCUUUUGGCGUAAACACUGUGCAAUCCGUAUCAUACACUGAAACAAUCAUCACAUACUCUCUCCCUCUUGAGAGCACAACACUGUUGAAAAAAUGAUUUUCUACAGUACGCUCAGCACAAAACACACUGGCUUUGUGCAUAAUCCGUGCAAGUCUUAAAAGCGUGUGAAUCACAGAUAUUAUCUGGUAUGUUAAUACAGUCAGACAGAUCCAGGCUGUGAGCUCUAAGCAGUAUGGGGAGUGUGAUGUAAUAGGAUGUAAUAUGCUUGUCUUCUCUUUAAAUCGACAAAAGAUAACAACUAGAUCUCGGUAAGAAGGAAUAAUAGGAAUUUUUUCAGAUGGAUUAAAGUUUUAUCCGUGUCAUUAGAGUGCCUGUCACUCCGGUCUGAUUGUGAGGAGAUAACUGUUUGUUUUCCUCACGUGUAUGAGGGCAUCACCUCUGAGGAUGGAUUAAAUUGCAUAUGAUUGUAUUGUCAUAUAAAUGUAUCAUUGUAAAUAGUUGGAGUAUACAGACACAGUGUAUUUGCCCUGGCAAUUGCAUUAGAUUUGCAUUAAGCUGCAUGUUUCUUUGUCCCAAUAUAUCAUCUUUUUGGCUCAGUAUAAUUAUGAUUAAAGGCUUUGGGCCCAAACCUCUUGUUCUCUUGUA